AAAAGCUGCCCUAACCACUGAAAAUGAAACGUGAUUUUAAUUAUAGCCAUGUUUACUAUGGAUCUUCACUAUUAAAACUAACUGGAACAGAAGCAACAUCAGAAGAGCCUUGCCCUGAGAGUUACAAUGAAAAUUGCAAAGGCUGUACCAAAGAAAAGCUCUUCUAUGGUGACCUGCAUCAUGGAAGUUCCAAGAGUUUCAAUCUCAAAAGUGGAGAAAAGUUUACGCACAAUAAAGAAAACCAACAAGUUUGGAGACAUAUUGAGAGUGCCAGUGGAAUUGACAAUGAAAACGAAGACAGUGGAUACUCCUCUUUAUUGGGUAUUCAGCACAAACCCAAUGAUAAUGAUGACAGUGUGCUAUUAGCAGGGAAUAUCAGCAAUAUACCAAAUCAUAGUUUCAGUCCAAGAAAGAAUUUACUACCAGUCCUCCAUUUUGAAGAACUUGUCUGCUCAACUUUGAAAAAAACUAGCAAACGGAAUCCAAAGUCGUGGGCUCUUGUCUUAGAUAAAAUAGCUUCAAGGAAAAUGGAAUUUGUGAAUCUGAUUGGCAAAAAAAUGGGAUUAGAUAAGCUAGAUGUUCUUGGAGAAUUAUUUCAUGGGAAAUUCAGACAUCUGUUAGCAAACAUCUUAAUACAUCUUAAUGAUACAGACUUGAUAAACGUGGCCAAAGUUAGCAUUACGUGGAAGAAAAUUCUUCUUAGUGACAAGUGGGCUUUCCAGAUGUAUAACAAAGCACUAAAACUCAGUUUGAAUAGCAACACAGUAACUGCCAAACAGUCUGAUACAAGGGAGUAUGCUCUCCAUCGUGAACCAUUAACAUAUAUUCAGAAAGUAGCACCUACACAAAUUAACUUUUCUAAAAAAACAUCCCGAAUGAAAGCAAACACCCAGAGUAAUCAGAGCUCUUCUUUCAGCCGCCAUUCACAAUUUUCUGAGGUUGCAAAAACUUUGAAAAAUACUGAAAGUCUGAAAGUUUGCCAUCGCUGUGGUUCCCCUGCAAAAUACGAUUCCCAUCUGCAAAGGGCAACGUGUGUCCGAGAAAGCUGUGGUUUUGACUUUUGCACAAAGUGCUUGUGCAGCUACCAUACUGCCAAGGAUUGCAUCAUUGGAAAACCUGUAAAAACGUCUUUCAGACUAGGACCUCUUCCUUGUAGCAAAAAAAGCAAACAGAAUUUACGGAGACUAUAAUUUCCCUGAUUCAAAUUCUAGCUAGAGUAUCAUAUUUUGCUUGUAGGUUCAAAAGAGGAGUGAAUGUGAAAGUUGUGGUUGUCUAAUUUAAAAAAAUGCAGUGAUUUUUUAAAAAUCAAUUUUAAAGUUUUUGUUCUUUCAGAUGUCUUCCUCUCCCCUUUUUAGAAGGAUGUUCAGCCAAAUUUUUAAACUACUUCUAGGUUUACAUGGGAAUUGUACAUGGCAACCUUGACUUAACAAGUACAAUAACUGGAUUUUUAUUAAGUUGGGGGCAGUAAAGGUAGCAUUUGUUUUUAAAAAUUGCUUGUUUUAUGGCCUCUAACUUCAUGCCUUAUAAAAAGCCUUCCAGGGGUUUUACAAUAUAAUCUAUAAUAAGCAAAUCAUAUUUAAUGUAUUUGCAAUGCCAAAUUUUUAUUAAAACUGAAUUUCAUCUGAACAAAACAUUAAACAUGUAAAUAGGAUUAGUUUUUAUAACCACAUGUGUCUUGAUAGCUGCUGAAACAUAGUGUUGUCCUGACCCAUUUCAUCUUCAUUACUGGGUAAAGAUGCCUAGAAAUGUAUA